UACAAGUGUAUAUAUGUCAAAAGUACGAACGUGGAGAGCAACGAGAGAUCAAACCAUGGGAGCCAAACCGAACCAAAAAUUGUUCAUCACUUAUCUCAUAUUAAUCUCAUCGUCGCUUUUGGUUCUGGUUCUAACUUUCAAACCGUUGACUCUUCUGUCUCAGAUCAAUUCUCCGGCGAAAAUUACCGGUCUUCCGUCGCCGCCGGUGACCAAAAACCCUAAAUGGCUAAGACUCGUCGGAGAUUUCUUGCCGGAGAAGAAAAGGAUCCGAGUCGGGCUCCUCAACGUCGCCGAGAACGAGCUAGAGAGCUACGAGGCGCUUGGACCGUCGAUCUCGGAGACCGUUCACGUGCCACUUGUUCCCUUGCCGGAGAAUCUCACGUGGAGCAAUCUCUUCCCGGAGUGGGUAGACGAGGAUCACAGGUGGGAAGUGCCCAAGUGCCCGGAGAUCCCCCUGCCGGAAUCUGCUGACGUGGACGUGGUGGUGGCAAAGAUCCCGUGCCAGGGUUGGUCGGCGAAGAGAGGGUUGAGGGACGUUUUCAGGCUACAGGUGAAUCUAGCGGCGGCGAAUCUAGCGGUGGAGAGCGGCCGGAGGGAGAUUGAUCGGACGGUUUACGUUGUAUUCGUCGGAUUCUGUGGGCCCAUGCAUGAGAUAUUCCGGUGCGACGAGCGCGUAAGGCGCGUGGGAGAUUAUUGGGUUUAUAAGCCUAAUCUCGAGAGGUUGAAACAAAUGCUCCUCAUGCCCGUCGGUUCAUGCGACAUUGCUUCUCCCUUUGCUCAAUCAGGCAAAGAAGCCACCACCACCGCCCCACCGGUCACCUCCACGUUCGGCCGGGGACGGGAAGCCUAUGUGACGGUUCUCCACUCGUCGGAGGCUUACGUUUGCGGGGCGAUAGCCUUGGCACAGAGCAUAAGGCAAUCGGGUUCGACCCGAGAUCUUGUCCUUCUCCACGACGAUUCUCUAACCAACAGAUCUCUCUCCGGCCUCCGAGCCGCCGGUUGGGAACUCCGGCGGGUCGAGAGAAUCCGCAGUCCUUUGGCCAGAAAAGGCUCUUACAACGAGUGGAAUUACAGCAAGUUGCGUGUCUGGCAAGUAACGGAUUACGACAAGCUGGUGUUCAUAGACGCAGACAUCGUCGUGUUAAAGAAUCUUGAUCAUCUCUUCUUCUACCCCCAGUUGUCUGCUGCCGGGAACGACAAAGACUUGUUCAACUCCGGAGUCAUGGUUCUGGAGCCAUCGAAGUGCAUGUUCGAAGAUCUAAAGAGAAAAUCAUUAAAGAUCGAGUCGUACAACGGAGGAGACCAAGGGUUUCUGAACGAGAACUUCGUCUGGUGGCACAGACUGUCGAAGCGCGUGAACACGAUGAAGUUCUUCGGCAGGAGCAACCCUAGGCGCGAGCUGAGCGACGGCGUGUACGGAGUUCACUACCUGGGCCUGAAGCCGUGGGCGUGCUACAGGGAUUACGACUGCAACUGGGACAUGAAACCUCGGAGGGUGUUCGCAAGCGACUCCGUCCACGGAAAGUGGUGGGGAGUCUACGAUCGGAUGUCGGAGGAGUUGAAGGGCUUCUGCGGGCUUAGUCCGAAGACGGAAGGGAGGAUCGAGAAAUGGCGGAAGAUUUCGAGGGGCGAAGGCUUUGAUGAGGGUAGGCAUUGGGAGAUUCGAGUCAAGGAUCCUAGAAAGAAGAUUUUUCAUUGAAUUUAUUGAAGAUAUUAAUAUAUAUAGGUUUAUAUUUU